AUGGCACCUUCUCGCAAGCUUCCCGGGCGUAUCAAUCCCCUCAUGACAGAGGCCGUUCCCGAAUAUUCCGUCCUGGUAUCGCGCCGCCGUCUGGGGCAGACCGACCUCGCAGUCAAGGCUGGUCAAGUUGGAACUUCCAACUCCACGAAGCCGAAGAACCUGGGUACCUUCGACUACGCGCAUCUGCGUGCACCUCUGCCCAAAGGCAUCAUGUCUGGCAUCUUCAAGCCAUCGCCAGCCUCAUACUUCCUGAUGCGUCGAAGCCAUGACGGCUAUAUCAGUGCGACCGGCAUGUUCAAGGCUACCUUCCCAUAUGCUGAGCUUGCGGAAGAGGAGCAGGAACGGAAGUACAUCAAGAGUUUGGAGACAACAAGUACGGAUGAAACAGCUGGCAAUGUAUGGAUCCCGCCUGUACAUGCUUUAGAGCUUGCCGAGGAGUACCAGAUCCUGCCCUGGAUCAAGGCGCUAUUGGACAAUGCCCCGAUCGAGGUAAACCCAACGAAGGAUGCCACGCCCAAAACUAUUUCCCCGCCCCCAAAAUUCCUCAUGCCACAAGACGGCUUGGUCGCGCCUACACCAAGCCGUAUUGGCCGGCCCCGAAGAGCUGCAUCACCCAGCAAGUUCGCAUCGCCAAAGAAAACCGCUGGUUCGACUAGGCCAAAAAGGUCAAAAGCUGGGUCUGUGGCAGGGUCCGUGGCAGGCUCCACCAGGUCAGAGUCCGUCGAGCCCACGAUUAAAUCCGCCAGCGAGAAUCUGCAGGAGGCGUUGAAGGCUGCUGCUUCUCAGGCUGCAUCUGAUAUAGGGGCACCUGAGCCAAAGGAAGAGCUUGGGAAUGUUAAGGAGGAUGAAGAGGUCAAUGACGACCAUGUUGUCCGAGUCAACGUAGACACAGACGUCGAAGUCAAUGGCGACACUGAAACUACCCACACUAACGUUGAGGUUGAGAUGCCUGCUGGGUUCGCCGAGAUGCCACUACCCGAAGACACUGAAGCUAUGAUUGCGAAGGCCAAAGAGAUGGUCGAGGCGGCAAUGGCAAGCGAAAACACUAACCUGCCCGAACGAAUCAAAGCCAAACGGAACAUCGAGGAGGUAGAGGAAGAUGAUGACGAUGGCAACGCCGGCGUGACCGCGCCAGCAAAGAAAGCGAAGACAGAGGCGGUCAAGGCAGAGCUCAAGAUGGAGCGGGUCAAGACCAGAGCCUUGCUUGGUAUCAGUGCCACAUUGGUCUUUGGCGCCGCUGUCCAAUUCGCCUUCGGCGUAAUUUAG